CCGCCCUGCGGUGCUAGCUCCUACUGCCCCUCAGCCACAGUCAACCUCCCAGCCAACAGCUGGACCAGUUCAGCCUGCUGCUGACGCUCAGCAGGUCUGAGGAAUGUAAGCAGAUCCUCCCAAAGGAGCAGCAAGAGUGGGUCAGUCUGGCCAAUUUCACAAAGGACAAGCAGCUCAAAUGUGUCCUGAAAAGCCAGCUCGAGCUGUGGUACUCCCCUCCUCUGCCUCUUAACAUCAUCCAUCAGCCUCCAGCUUCUCCCACCGCCUACUUCCUCCGGCCGUUCUGCCUCUGGAUGCCCUACCGCCUUUGGGCCUUUAAGUUUGUUUGCACCCAGCCACAGUGCAAGCGUUAAAAGCUCAGGCUGUGGGGUGUACAAGACGGUCUGGAGGGAGCUUGACGUGGAUGACUGGUAUUAUAUGGGGACAGAAUACCUGGAGUGCCGCAUCUGUAAGAGGAAGCUAGCAGGAUGGUCGCUGGAUGUCUUGAACCAGCUGGACGCAAGUCAUCGCUCUAAGUUCCCAGCCAUCUUGACUUACAGGCUGUCCUGUGACCUGAAGGUGGUCAGGCUGAUGAGAGAGAGGACACUGGGGAACAGUGUGACCAGGCUGUACAACCAGCUGAGGGAGCAGCACAYCCUGACCUGGAUGAGUCGGACCCUGGACUACCUGURCGUCUGUGACCACUUUGUAGUCCCAGGUGCAGCACCGCUGAGGGUAACACCUCCUCCUCCCUUUUUGGAUGUGCCCUCAGCCCAGUGGCUGCUGACUGUCCACGGCUACGACGUUCUGUURCAGCUGGAGGACUUCAAGGCCAGAGUCACCUCCACCUUUGGGUCCAUCCUGAAGAUGGAUUCAACCAAGAAGGUGACCAAGAAACUAGCUGGGGCAGCACAKGGGACAGCAGCGUGGGCCACAAACAUGGGCAAUGAGUACGGCCAGGUACUCAUMACGGUCCUCACUGACAGCGAAGGAGAGGGCCUGCUCCACAUGGCAGCUGGCCUCCAGCAGCGCUACAGUAGAGCUGGAGUGGCACCUCCCAAGCUGCUCUAUGUCGACCGGGACUGCUGCGCCCUGAUGGGAAAGGGGAAGACGGCAGCCAUGUUCAGCCAGUGGGAUGAYCUCAUCGUCCGGCUGGAUGUGUGGCACCUCAUCCGUCGUUUUGCUCGGGGAGUGACCACAGAGAGCCAUCCUCUGUAUGCUCUCUUUUUGCAGCGGCUCACCUCCUGCAAGUUGGUGUGGUGUGCAGAUGAUGUGGAGCGCCUGCGGGAGGCCAAGCGAGGGGAACUCAAGGAGAGCCACAUCACGGGGCUCAGCGAUGCACUGGUGAUGAAAAGAAUCAGCUCGAAGGAGAUGGCUCGGCACUGUCGUCGCCGCACGAGCGGGGCGGAGGAGACCGAGCGUCUCAUCGGGGAGCAGACACCAUGGGCAUCCGGCUCCUGGACCGUGACAGAAUGCAGGCCAUCUGGCAGACCCAGAGACAACACCUGGUCUGCAUUCAGGACCCCCCUGGUGUCAGCAUCUACACCAACAAGGAUGUGACCAAGGGAGGGGUCAUCCUGCCUGUGUUGCGCUGCUCAUGAACAAGUACGUGUGCCGAGCACUUUCAGACCUACCUCCUUGAAGGGUUGGUUGGGUGGAAUGAGGACCGUGCCGAAGCUGCAGGGGAGGGAG